GCUGGUUGAAUGAGUUGCCUGUGAAAGCUACUUCAUCUGUAAGAAAACAGGCGUCUGCACCAGUGACUGGGCCAGUGCUCAAAAAUGAGUCUCUCUGGGGAGAGAGAGGAGGGGGACCCUGCCUCUAAAAUGAGUCUCUCUGGGGAGAGAGGGGAGGGGGGCCCUGCCUCUAAAAUGAGUCUCUCUGGGGAACAUGACACCAAAGCUAAGAGCCCAAUCAAGCAGGAGAGACCAGCCUCCCCUGUUCCCAGCUGUGUGUCCAUGAAGAGUGACUGGUCUAUGGAACAACCUAUACUGUUUAGAGAGGGAGACUUUUCUACUGAACAAAGAAACCAACAGGAGAGAUCAGAGUCAGAUAUUCUCAGCGAUCAGUCUUCCCAGAGUCAUCAAACAGACCUGGCCUCCAUAUUGAGUUUGCUUGAAGAGAAUAUUAUGACAUUUGUGAAGAACGAGCUGAAGAUGUUCAAGAGGAUUCUUAGUCCAGAACUCCCAGAAGGCUUUGAGAGUCAGAAGCAGGAUAAGGAAGUGGUGGAUGCUGAAGAUGAGAAGCAGGAGAGCAGUGCCAGAGAGGGGGCUCUGAAGAUCACACUUCACAUCCUGAGGAAAAUGAACCAGAAGGAGCUUGCUGACAUACUGGAGAAAUAUUCAGAUGAUCCUGCUGUGAUUUGCCAACGUGAACUCAAAUCUAAUCUAAAGAAGAAGUUUCAAUGUGUAUUUGAGGGGAUCGCUAAACAAGGAAACCCAACACUUCUCAAUAAGAUCUACACAGAGCCCUACAUCACAGAGGGUGGAACAGGAGAGGUCAAUAAUGAACAUGAGCUGAGACAGAUUGAGACAACAACCAGGAAACAAGCAAGACCAGAGACUGCAAUCAAAUGUAACGACAUCUUCAAACCCUUAACUGGACAAGACAAACGUAUCAGAACUGUGCUGACAAAGGGAGUCGCUGGCAUUGGAAAAACAGUCUCUGUGCAGAAGUUCAUUCUGGACUGGGCUGAAGGAAAAGCAAAUCAGGAUGUCCAAUUUGUAUUUUCAUUCCCUUUUCGGGAGCUGAAUUUGAUGAAAGAUGAUAAACACACGUUCAUUGAACUUCUCAAACACUUCUCAAUGGAAACCAAAGAAUCAAGAAUCUCCAACUACAACAAGUACAAAGUUCUGUUCAUCUUUGAUGGUCUGGAUGAGUGCCGACUGCCCCUAGACUUCCAGAAGAACAAGAUCUGUUGUAAUGUCACAGAGUCAACCUCAGUGGAUGUUCUGCUGACAAAUCUCAUCAAGGGAAAUCUGCUUCCCUCUGCUCUCCUCUGGAUAACUACCCAACCUUCGGCAGCCCAUAAGAUCCCUUCAGGGUGUGUUGACCAGGUGACAGAGGUACGAGGGUUCAAUGACCCACAGAAGGAGGAGUACUUCAGGAAGAGAUUCAUUGAUGAGGACCUGGCCAGCAGAAUCAUCUCACACAUAAAGACAUCAAGGAGCCUCCACAUCAUGUGCCACAUUCCAGUCUUCUGUUGGAUUUCUGCAACAGUCCUUGAACACAUGCUGAAACAUAAGAGAGAAGAGAUGCCCAAGACUCUGACUGAGAUGUACACACACCUUGUGGUGUUUCAUACCAAACAGAAGAAUGAAAAGUAUCUUGGGGAAGAAGAGACAGAUCCACACUGGAAUAAAGAGAGCAUUCUGUCACUGGGAAAACUGGCUUUUCAGCAGCUUGUGAAAUGCAAUUUGAUUUUCUAUGAAGAAGACCUGAAAGAGGCUGGCAUUGAUGUCAAUGAAUCCUCAGUGUACUCAGGAUUGUGCACACAGCUCUUUAAAGAGGAAUGUGGGCUGUACCAGGACAAGGUGUACUGCUUUGUUCAUCUGAGCAUUCAGGAGUUUCUGGCUGCUGUAUAUGUGUUCCUCUCAUUCAUCAACAACAAUGAGAAUCUAAUGGACAAACUGCAAACAAAAGAUGAGUCUUCAAUUAAUUUCUACAAGAGUGCUGUGAAUAAAGCCUUCCAAAGUGAGACGGGAAACCUGGACCUUUUCCUCCGCUUCCUACUGGGCCUCUCACUGGAGUCCAAUCAGAAGCACUUACGAGGUCUAUUGACAAAGACAAGAAGCAGCUCAAAGACCCAUGAAGAAACAGUCAAGUACAUCAAGGAGAAGAUCAGGGAGAAUCCCUCUCCAGAGAGGAGCAUCAAUCUGUUCCACUGUCUGAAUGAACUGAAUGACCAUUCUCUAGUGGAGGAGAUCCAAAGCUACCUGAGAUCAGGAAGUCUCUCUAGAGACAACCUGUCACCUGCACAGUGGUCAGCUCUGGUCUUUGUGUUGCUGACUUCAGAAAAGGAGCUGGAUGUGUUUGACCUGAAGAAAUACUCCAGAUCAGAGGAAGGUCUUCUGAGGCUGCUGCCAGUGGUCAAAGCCUCCAGAGCUGUUCUGCUGUCAGGCUGUGGAGUCACAGAGGAAGGCUGUGCUUCUCUGGUCUCAGCUCUGGAGUCAAACCCCUCACACCUGAGAGAGCUGGACCUGAGUAACAAUGACCUGAAGGAUUCAGGAGUGAAACUGCUCUAUGCUGGACUGGAGAAUCCCCACUGUAAACUGGAGACUCUGAGGCUGUCAGGCUGUGGAUUCACAGAGGAAGGCUGUGCUUCUCUGGUAUCAGCUCUGGAGUCAAACCCCUCACACUUGAGAGAGCUGGUCCUGAGUAACAAUGACCUGAAGGAUUCAGGACUGAAGCUGCUCUCUGCUGGACUGGGGAAUCCCCACUGUAAACUGGAGACUCUGAGGCUGUCAGGCUGUGGAGUCACAGAGGAAGGCUGUGCUUCUCUGGUAUCAGCUCUGGAGUCAAACCCCUCACACUUGAGAGAGCUGGUCCUGAGUAACAAUGACCUGAAGGAUUCAGGACUUAAGCUGCUCUCUGCUGGACUGGGGAAUCCCCACUGUAAACUGGAGACUCUGAGGCUGUCACGCUGUCUAGUCACAAAGGAAGGCUGUGCUUCUCUGGUCUCAGCUCUGAGGUCAAACCCCUCACACCUGAGAGAGCUGGACCUGAGCUACAAUCACCCAGGAGACUCAGGAGUCAGACUGCUCUCUGCUGGACUGGAGGAUCCACACUGCAGACUGGAGAAACUCAAUGUGGAACAUGGUGGAGAGUACACAAUGAAACCUGGACUUAGAAAAUAUGUCUGUGAUCUCACACUGGACCUAAACACAGUAAACAGACUCCUCUCUCUGUCUGAGGAGAACAGAAAGGUGACAUGUAGGAGAGAGGAGCAGCCAUUUCCUGAUCACCCAGAGAGAUUUGAGGACUGUAGACAGGUGCUGUGUAGAGAGGGUCUGACUGGGAGCUGUUAUUGGGAGGUAGAGUGGAGUGGGAGGGCAGAUAUAGGAGUAACAUAUAAAGGAAUCAACAGGAGAGGAAGGGGUAUCGACUGUUGGCUUGGAUACAAUGACAAGUCCUGGUGUCUGACUUGCUCUGACAACAGUUACUCUGCCUGGCACAAUAAUAAUCGGACUCUCAUAGACGUCCCCUCCUCCAGCUCCCACAGAGUAGGAGUGUAUCUGGACUGGCCAGCCGGCACUCUGUCCUUCUAUAGAGCCUCCUCUGACACACUGACCCACCUGAUCACAUUCACCUCCACAUUCACUGAGCCCCUUUAUCCAGGGUUUGGGUUUGAUUAUGACUCCUCAGUGUCCCUGUAAAUAAUAACAUGACACAAACACACACACACAUACUGACACACACACAGGAAACACACACACACACACACACACUGGACACACACCCACACACUGGACACACACACACACACACACACACACACACACACUGGACACACACACACAUUGGACACACACACACAGAGACACACGAGACACACACACACACACACACACUGGACACAGACACACACACACACACACACGCACGCACAGGCACACACACACUGGACACACACACACAAACACACACUGGACACAGACACACACACACACACACUGGACACACACACACAAACACACACUGGACUCAUACACACACACACACAUACUGUACACACAAACACACACACACUGGACACACAAACACACUGGAUACAAGCACUGGACACAAACACACUGGACACACACACACACACACACUGGACACACACACACACACUGGACACACACACACACACACACACUGGACACACACACACACACUGGACACACACACACACACGUCUUCCUAUAAUUGUGAGGACCUUGACACAGGACCUUCAAAUGAGGACCAUCAUUUCUGGACAAACAGACACAUUAUUCCAUCACUAAGCGGUCCUACAAACACAGAUAUCACUUCACCUGAAAAAAUCCAAUGGAGAAAUAGCCAUGCAGGGCACCAGUCUCGUGAGGACCAGUGGUUGCCGAGCAGUUUCUGGAUCACAGGUUCUAGAACAGCUUCUAUCCCAGUUCUAUCUGCCUGUUAAAUCAUCAACCUAAACUGUUUUCAUCAGACUAUUAGAACAUGACUGAACCUUUUGGUUCCUUUUCUGAUCUUUCACCACUUUGCAUUUUUUAUGAUAUAUUUUACUGUUUGUGUUUGUACCAAAGGAGGUUGGUGGGACCUUAAUUGGGGAGGACAGGCUUGUAAUGGCUGGAGGGGAAUAAGUGGAAUGGUAUCAAACACGUGGUUUCCAUGCGUUCCAUUACAUUCACUCUGUUCCAGACAUUAUUAUGAGCCAUCCUCCCCUCACCAGCCUCCUCUGGUAUGUACUGUCUUAUAUGUGAGAGAGAUCCAACAAGGAAUUACAAUGUAUGUAUUACUUUUAAUACCUGCAAAUGGCAAAUAAACUACUAGAACUCCUUAUGAAUGUCUGCAGCCGACUAGACUGUUGGCGUCUGACAAGAGGUGAAAAUAUUACAGGAAUAUUCUGCAAAUGUUGAUGAAGACGUCACUCAAUCCCCCCAAAACAACAUGCAGUCUUUCCACAAGACUCCCAUGAAGUUAUAGUGUGACGUUAUGAGUUGACGUUAAAGUAACAUUCUCAGAACAUACUGCACUUGUUUUAUACUGUUUUAGAUGUAUCCUCUGUUUAAACAAUUAAACUCUUAAAUGUAAACAAUUUAAAUAAUAACACCGUUAAAAUACCAAUGUGAUCAUUUGUUGUACGUCUUUUAUGUUGAAUAACAAAUAGUACAAUUAUAUAUGGACCUACGCUCCACAUACACUGCUGAUGUCGCAGAAAGGCCAUAAAGAUCAUCAAGGACAACAUCCACCUGAUCCACUGCCUGUUCACCCUGCUAUCAUCCAGAAGGAGAGGUCAGUACAGGUGCAUCAUCACCACCCGAGACACUGCCUGUUCACCCCGCUAUCAUCCAGAAGGCGAAGUCAGUACAGGUGCAUCAUCACCACCCGAUCCACUGCCUGUUCACCCCGCUAUCAUCCAGAAGGAGAGGUCAGUACAGGUGCAUCAAAGCUGGGACCGAGAGACUGAAAAACAGCUUCUAUCUCAAGGCCAUCAGACUGUUUAUCAGCCACCACUAACAUUGAGUGGCUGCUGCCAACACACUGACUCAACUCCAGCCACUUUAAUAAUGGGAAUUGAUGGAAAAUUAUGGAAAAAAAUGCAUCACUAGCCACUUUACAAUGCCAAUUAAUAUAAUGUUUACAUACCGUACAUUACUCAUCUCAUAUGUAUAUACUGUAAUCUAUACCAUCUACUGCAUCUUGCCUAUGCCGCUCUGUACCAUCACUCAUUCAUGUAUGUUUAUGUACAUAUUCUUUAUCCCUUUACACUUGUGUAUAUAAGGUAAUUGUGAAAUUGUUAGGUUAGAUUACUCGUUGGUUAUUACUGCAUUGUCGGAACUAGAAGCACAAGCAUUUCACUAAACUCGCAUUAACAUCUGCUAACCAUGUGUAUGUGACAAAUAAAAUGUGAUUUUAGUUCAUUUAGUUGUACAAGUAUACAAAAAGAUAUUGUAUUUUUCAUAAUAAAACAUAAUUGAAACAAGAAAA